AUGGGUGAAUUUCAGAAAGCACCAGAGGGUUAUGAAGCAGUAAACGGAGGGCCAGAUGCAUUUGGCGUUGUUUAUCGCUCUGUAACACCAGGAAAACCUGCAAUUUGGUGUGGUGAACUUCCUAUUCACAAUUACGUAAAUCCAAUAUUUUCGCGCAAGGUUUUUGUUGGCGGUAUACCGUGGGAUGCUAAUGAAAAUGACCUUGUAACGGCGUUCAACAAGUUUGGAACAUGUCGUGUAGAGUGGCCGAUUAAGGAAAUGCGAGUUUCUCAUUUGCAGCUUUACGGAACUCGCCGUCCAAAAGCGUUUGGUUAUGUUUACAUUGUCUAUAAUGACGGUUCCUCCAUCAGGAAGCUGCUCCAGGAAUGCAAACAAGAACUUGGUUCGGCUGGGGAGUGGUAUUUUAAAAUAUCGACUCGGCGCACUCAUUCUGCAACGGAAGUUCGACAGGCAGUCCAGGUUAUUCCUUGGGUGGUAUCUGAUAUUUCUUGUAUUCCCGACACAGUCAGCUCACCCGAUCCUAAAAAAACUGUUUUUGUGGGUGGUGUGCACGGAAUGGUGACCUCUCAGAUGCUUUUUUCGAUCAUGAAUGAAAUUUUCGGGUCAGUGGCAUUAGUUGAACUGGAUAAUGAUAAGUACCAGUACCCCCUAGGCAACUUUAAUUUCACGGCAGGAAGCGGACGAGUAACUUUUUUAUCCAGUACGUCCUUCUAUCGGGCAGUUGAGGAUGGCUUUUUUGAAAUUCGGACUUCAAAGUUUUCAAAGCGAGUUCAGGUGGACCCUUACAUUCAGCUUUCAAAAUGUUCACAGUGCAGUUUAACGAUUGGCCCUUAUUUUUGCCGAGAGCGGAUCUGCUUUAAUUAUUAUUGCGCACGUUGUUGGCAGGUGACUCUUCUGCUUAUGAUCAGGCAUAAAAGUCUAAGAGCUCAGUUUGAAGAAGAAGAGUCUGGCGAAGUGAAUUAUUGGCUCUUUUAUAGUCCAACAAAGCACAGCGGUUUUGUGCAGCGUCGUUUGCCUUCAGGGCGUGUAAUUCUGUCAUUCGUGAACAAAGUUCUUGGUUCUUAUGAAAAUCCAUUUGCUCUAACUUAUAAAAACGUACGCCAUGCUUUGAAAGGGCCGUACAGUAACCACAAGCCUCUAGAACGUCACUCGAGACGCCCAAUAUGUAUGGCGAGUGAUAACAAUAAUAACACCAGUCAGCUUGGAAAUUCCUGGUCCAGCCCACACUCUAUCCCUUUAAGCUAUGUCGGUUCGAAGCGAGUAGGCCCUAUGUUUAGUAACGGUAUUGGUUUCAUGUCACGAGCUAUAGAAAGAAAUGCCUUCUUUAUUUCGGCUGAAGUAGGGGGAGUCUACUGGUCUUGGCUAACCUUGUUACUUCGUGAGGGCGAUUUUGCUGCUCUAAUGGCUAUAUGA